UAUCUUCACCAGCCUGCAGCAUGGCCUCACUCCUGGCAGGCCUGCUGACAGCCCUGGCCCUGACCCAGGUCCCUGCAGCCCUCGCUGAUGUCCUGGAAGGGGACAGCUCAGAGGACCGCGCCUUCCGCGUGCGCAUCGCGGGCUCCGCGCCGCUGCGGGGGGUGCUGGGCGGCGACCUCACCAUCCCGUGCCACGUCCACUACCUGCGGCCGCCGAGCCGCAGGGCAGCGCCAGGGUCCCCGCGGGUCAAGUGGACCUUCCUGUCCGGGGGCCGCGAGGCCGAGGUGCUGGUGGCGCGGGGGCUGCGCGUCAAGGUGAGCGAGGCCUACCGGUUCCGCGUGGCGCUGCCCGCCUACCCCGCGUCGCUCACCGACGUGUCCCUGGUGCUGAGCGAGCUGCGGCCCAACGACUCGGGCAUCUACCGCUGCGAGGUCCAGCACGGCAUCGACGACAGCAGCGACGCUGUAGAGGUCAAGGUCAAAGGGGUCGUCUUCCUCUACCGGGAGGGCUCUGCCCGCUAUGCUUUCUCCUUUGCCGUGGCCCAGGAAGCCUGUGCCCGAAUUGGAGCCCGCAUCGCCACCCCGGAGCAGCUCUACGCCGCCUACCUGGGGGGCUACGAGCAGUGUGACGCUGGCUGGCUGUCGGACCAGACCGUGAGGUACCCCAUCCAGACCCCCCGCGAGGCCUGCUACGGAGACAUGGACGGCUUCCCCGGGGUCCGGAACUACGGAGUGGUGGACCCGGAGGACCUCUACGACGUCUACUGCUAUGCGGAAGACCUGAACGGAGAACUCUUCCUCGGUGCCCCUCCAGACAAGCUGACGCUGGAGGAGGCGCGGGCCUACUGCCGGGAGCGGGGCGCCCAGAUCGCCACCACGGGCCAGCUCUACGCGGCCUGGGAUGGUGGCCUGGACCGCUGCAGCCCGGGCUGGCUGGCCGACGGCAGUGUGCGCUACCCCAUCGUCACACCCAGCCAGCGCUGUGGCGGGGGCCUGCCCGGCGUCAAGACCCUCUUCCUCUUCCCCAACCAGACCGGCUUCCCCAACCAGCACAGCCGCUUCAACGUCUACUGCUUCCGAGACGCUGCCCAGCCCUCUGCCACGCCCGAGGUCUCCCUCCCAGCCUCUGACCCAGGCUCUGAUGGACUAGAGGCCAUCGUCACAGUGACAGAGACCCUGGAGGAACUGCAGCUGCCUCCGGAGGCGGUGGAGAGUGAGUCCCGUGGAGCCAUCUACUCCAUUCCCGUCAUGGAGGAUGGAGGAGGCGGAAGCUCCACUCCAGAGGACCCGGCCGAGGCCCCCAGGACCCUCCUAGGCUGCGGGGUGCUGUCCCUGGUGCUGAACUCUGUUCUUUGCCCAGAAUUUGAAACCCAAUCCGUCGUACCGCCCACCGGGUCCUCUGACCAGGACCAGAUGUUGGAGGAAGAAGAGAGAUACGAGGACGAAGAAGAGGCAGAGGAGGAGGAGGAAGAGGAGGUGGCGGAGGACGAGGACCUAUGGGCAUGGCCCAGCGAGUUCAGCAGCCCUGUCCCCACGGAGCCCGAAGCCGAGGACCCGCUGUCCCAGGCCUCCCCGCCAGCAAGGGCAGUCCUGCAGCCCGGAGCGUCUCCACCUCCCGAGGGACAGUCAGGAACUCCCAGGCCUCCCAGGGCCCGUGGACCGCCUACCGAGACUCUGCCCACUCCCAGGGAGGGGACCCUGGCGUCCCCACCAUCUUCCACUCUGGUUGGGGAGGAAAUCGAGGGUCCUGAGCUAUCUGAGGUCCCUCAAGGAGAGAGCGAAGAGACAGGGAGCUCCGAGGAUGCCACCUCCCUGCCUCCAGCCACACAGGCCCCCGAGGGGACCGGAGAGCUGGAAGCCCCCUCUGAAGAGGACUCUGGGAGAACCAUCCCCGCAGGGACCUCAGUGCAGGCCCAGCCGGUGCUGCCCACUGACAGCGCCAGCCGCGGCGGAGUGGCCGUGGCCCCCUCAUCAGGUGACUGUGUCCCCAGCCCCUGCCACAAUGGUGGGACAUGCUUGGAGGAGGAGGAGGGGGUCCGCUGCCUGUGUUUGCCUGGCUAUGGGGGGGACCUGUGCGAUGUUGGCCUCCGCUUCUGCAGCCCGGGCUGGGACGCCUUCCAGGGCGCCUGCUACAGGCACUUCUCCACGAGAAGGAGCUGGGAGGAGGCGGAGACCCAGUGCCGGAUGUACGGCGCGCACCUGGCCAGCAUCAGCACGCCCGAGGAGCAGGACUUCAUCAACAUGCCGCUCACCGCACGCCCCGUCUCCGGCGGCUCUUCCCCAGAUCGAUACCGGGAGUACCAGUGGAUCGGGCUCAAUGACAGGACCAUUGAAGGCGACUUCCUGUGGUCGGACGGCGUCCCUCUGCUCUACGAGAACUGGAACCCUGGACAGCCUGACAGCUACUUCCUGUCUGGAGAAAACUGCGUGGUCAUGGUGUGGCACGAUGAGGGACAAUGGAGUGAUGUGCCCUGCAACUAUCACCUGUCUUACACCUGCAAGAUGGGCCUGGUGUCCUGUGGGCCUCCUCCGGAGCUGCCCCUGGCUCAAGUGUUCGGCCGCCCACGGCUGCGCUACGAAGUGGACACGGUGCUGCGCUAUCGGUGCCGCGAGGGGCUGGCUCAGCGCAACCAGCCACUGAUUCGCUGCCAGGAGAAUGGUCGCUGGGAGCCCCCUCAGAUCUCCUGCGUGCCCCGCAGGCCUGCCCGGGCUCUGCAUGCCGUGAAGAUCCCAGAAGGACAUCCAGGGAGCCUGCCAGGACGCUGGAAGGCACUGUGGACCCUCCCUUCCGGCCCUCCUCCGGGUCCCCAAGUGGGAAAGCCUUGAAUGCUGCUGUCCCCAGCACUGCCCUCGGGCCUCCAAGGUCCCUCGCGCCCUGAGCUCUUCCCGCCACAGGAAGUGAACAUGAGAGGGUGGAGCUGGAGCCCAGGUGACAGCCUGAAAGGCUUCUGGGAAAUACCUGGGGGCCUCCAGCCCAGCCCAGGCCCUCUUCCCCAGCAAGAUGGGCCUGGGCUUCAGGUUUCCCCCUCAGGGCAACGGGUCAGUCCCUAAGUGCCUCAGCGGCCCUCUCCCUGCCAGCUACCCUGGCCCCUCCAUUUUUCUAAAGGGCACUGUGCCCACUCAGUCUUGAUUUUCCAAGGAAAUGGAUUUGCAGGAUGGAAUACCUGUAAAGCCAACGGAAAAUAAAGAUGUGCUUAGCCCCAA